GGCUUUGCUUGCAACAGGGGCUGGAGCCAGCCGAGUUCUUUUCCUUCUUCUUGGAGGAAAUACUGCAGCCUUCUGGACUGCGUCUGCUUCUCGAGGGAGAGGCCGACCGUGUAGUUCCACCCACCGGCUGGAAGGAAGGGGUUUGAAUGAAAGACAAGACAAGCCCUGAGCACCAUGCCACUCCGUAAGGGAGGCAGCGGCAAGUAGGUUCUUGCAAGCCAAGACGCUUUUUUCCCCCUUUUUCCUCCCCCUCCCGCCUCUCCUCCACUUCUUCCUCCUCCUCCUCUCCUUGAAAAAUCUUUUUUUCCCUUUUUUGGGGGGGGGUGAGGGGUGAAGGGGAGAGGACUCGCGAGAAAGAGAGGAAGCCGAUCUACGGACAUCUGGAGUUACCCCGUCUUCCCGAUUUCUCCAGCAGGACUCCCCCCGCACACCGCCGCACACCCCUUUCACCGACACUGUCAAUUGACAUUACUUACAACCAAGAGGAGGACGGUCCCCUUGGGGAGGAGGGCGGAAAAAAGCCGAGCAAGAGCGUUCCCUCUCCGUCGAUGUGUUGCCUUUUUUAAUGUAAUUUUAUUUUUAUUUUUUAUUUUGCUCCUUGCUGUGUCUGGAACUAGCGAGCAGUCGGAAGGCAAGGAAGUCUGGAAAAAAAUAAAAUAAAAACCCAAACCCAAACGCUCACCAGUAACCAGUACUGUCAGGAAUAGUGGUUUAAGAGGAAGAAAGGCCUGGGGCACUACACCCUGUCAACGACUUCCUUGCAUCGGAGAUAAAGAUUCCAGCUACAUGGGCAAACGCUUGGAACAGCAACCAAUGUACCCUCAGUACACUUACUACUACCCUCAUUAUCUCCAAACCAAGAUGCCACAUGUGCCACUGACCCACUGAAGAAGAUAUACAAGAUUUCCAAGAGCAAACCAAUGCUUUUGCCUACUUGUACAACUCUAUAAAUCUAUGCCUGGUGUUUUAGGAGUGUCCACAAGGCACAUGGAUAACAUAGAAUUUUAAGAAUGCUUUAAAGAGGCAGCCAAAGUGAGAUUAAUCCUAGAACCAGCAUCAUAUGAAAAUUGUGCGUAUUUGCGACAUCUGCACAACCAGAAUCAGCACCAGAUUUCUGACACUGACAACAGCUCUCUGUCUCCUGAAGUCCAAAGAGGUGAAUUGUGUCAUUCCUAUGCACCAGCUCCCCACCCCAUGGCUCCUCCCAGCCCCAGCACGAACAGCAGCAACAACAGCAGCAGCAACAGCAGCGGAGAGCAGUUGAGUAAAACCAACCUGUACAUCCGAGGCCUUCCGCCCGGCACCACGGACCAGGAUCUGAUCAAGCUGUGCCAGCCGUAUGGAAAAAUUGUAUCCACAAAAGCAAUUCUAGACAAAAACACAAAUCAGUGCAAAGGUUACGGUUUUGUAGAUUUUGACAGUCCAGCAGCAGCACAGAAAGCAGUAGCAUCACUUAAAGCAAAUGGAGUGCAAGCCCAGAUGGCAAAGCAACAAGAACAAGACCCCACAAACCUUUACAUCUCAAACUUACCCAUUUCCAUGGAUGAGCAGGAGCUGGAGAAUAUGCUGAAACCCUUUGGGCAUGUCAUUUCCACCCGAAUAUUAAGAGAUGCUAAUGGCGUCAGUAGAGGAGUCGGUUUUGCCAGGAUGGAAUCUACUGAAAAAUGUGAAGUGGUUAUUCAGCAUUUUAAUGGGAAAUAUCUUAAAACGCCCCCUGGUGUGCCAGCCCCUACGGAACCUUUGCUGUGCAAAUUUGCUGAUGGAGGGCAAAAGAAAAGACAGAAUCAAAGCAAGUACACACAGAAUGGGAGGCCAUGGCCAAGAGAAGGAGAGACUGGCAUGGCCUUGACAUAUGACCCCACAGCUGCUAUACAGAAUGGAUUUUAUUCCUCACCGUACAGUAUUGCUACAAACCGCAUGAUUCCACAGACAUCUAUCACACCAUUCAUUGCUGCUUCCCCUGUCUCCACAUAUCAGGUUCAGAGUACUUCAUGGAUGCCUCAUCCGUCAUAUGUUAUGCAACCAACAGGUGCUGUGUUAACACCAACAAUGGACCACACAAUGUCCAUGCAGCCAGCAAGUAUGAUGGGGCCCCUGACGCAACAGAUGAAUCACCUUUCCUUGGGUACAACAGGAACGUAUAUGACGGCUGCUGCACCUAUGCAAGGGACCUACAUUCCCCAGUACACUCCUGUGCCUCCAACAGCUGUCCCUCUUGAAGGUGUUGUUGCUGAUACCUCUCCACAGACAGUAGCACCUUCAUCACAGGAAGCCAGUGGUCAACAACAACAGAUGGCAGUGGAAACAUCCAGUGAACAUGCAUCUGCAUAUUCCUAUCAACAAUCGAAACAAUAAACAGGACUGAAAAAUGUCGGUCUGAAAAGUUUGCCUUGAAUGGAGAAACUUCAUUGAACAAGAAGUUGGCUUCCAGUUUGCACAGGCGUCAACAGAUUUUUUUUUUCAUUUUCUACCUUACCCAACAAAAACAAACAGUGUUUCUAUGUGCUGUGCAAAUUGUUCAGUCAUGUAGUCUGAUAGUUUUAUUUUUGCUAUUUUUUUAUUAAAGAAAAAACCCGUGGCAAAACACUGGGUUGAUAUUUCAUCUGAAUGAACAUUUGAAAUUCAGAAUUUACUUGGAAGUGUAGAUAGAUUUGUUUUUGUUUUCCAAAACAACAACAACAGAGAACCGAUGUCAAGAGGGAGCAAGCUGAAAUGAAAACUAACUAAUGGUCUUCCUCUCCAGAAUCCAGCUACUCUUUUCCCCCUUCUUGUCAAAAUCAAGUGUGUCUUUCAUUUUAGGUUUGUUUUUUGUUUUUUUAGAAAUGUUUAGGUAAGAUUUAUCUUGAAUCUUAAUUGCCUUAAUUUUAAGGACGUCAAAGGCUCUCAAGGCAAGCUGUCAACGUCUGGGUAGAAGAAAGGAGAAUGAAAUCAAGUUUACACCAGUAUCAACUGGUGCUUAAGUUCAACAGACUGAAUUUUUAGGGUGAAUUAAAAAAAUAUAAACUGUUCGGUUUAGCAGAAAAUGAUUUUUCUUCUUUUGAAGAAAACCUGUUGAUAAACUGUGGCAACUUCAAGAAUUGAAAAAAUGUGGAGACUUUUAUUAACUUUCUUAGUGUUGACAGAGAAGAAUCUAGAAGGCUAAAGUGUUUUACAAUAAAAUUAUUGAACUGGGGGGGGAAUCAACUUGCAUUUUAAGGAAUGCAGGAAUUUUUUCUUGCAGAAUGGAGAUUUUUUUUUUAAUUUACAAUAUGUGAUCGCUGGCAAAAGCAUUAGUGCUUUUUAUCUGCAGUCUUUUUUAUGAGCUUUAAAAAGUUUUUAGUCUGCUUUGCUUGUCACAUUGCAAACACCUAGCUUAAAAGCAUUGGGGAAGAACGUAAGUAGAUAGGAGCUUAUGGUCAAAAAAGUGCAAAAAAAAGCAAUAGCUAGAAGAAAUUGUUGACAAUUUCUGUAGUCUUUCCUAGUUGUGAACAAAUGCAGCCUAUGGAUGGCCUCUUUUAUACCAAAGAUGAAAUGACACCCUACCGCAGUCCAGAAGAUAGAGGGUUUUUUUCUUAUUUCUUUCCUUUUUAAAAAGAUGUCUUUAUUUGACCUACAUGGCCGGACCAGUUCUUAUCUUUGUGAUUGUUUAAACUAUCUUCCACUGGUAUUUUACAUCCUAUGUACUUAGGCUUCUAAUGGAAAGUUCUGAGUAGUUGGUACACAGCAUGAGAAAGAGAUGGGUCGCCAGCUGUUCUGCCCAGGUGUGUGUUAACUUUGCUGAGCUUUUCUGCUGUAUUGUCUAAUUUCUUUUGUAUGGAAAUUACAGUCUUCCUUUUGUCAUAACUUCUCACAGGUUCAUUUCCUCCCUUCCCCCUGAGUCAUCUUCCAGUGUUCAGAACCAGCCAUCAUCAUUCUGCAUUUUGGUGCUGUGUUCAGGUCACUUAGAAGAUGUCACUGAAAGUAGGUGAUCGAUGUUCUCAUUUAACUCUCCCAUGCAAGAAGAAAGUUAAAAGUGGCUCACGCUAGUUAUUUCAUGCAAGCAUGAAGUUAAUAAUCACUUUAUACUAACUGGCUUUCUGUUGUCUUAAUAUGUUUGCUGACAAUCACUAAUUAGUUUGAUUAGGCAAAAGACAAUAGCAAGUAAAUUGAAUCAGUGCAAACUUAUUUUUAAAAGAUAAAAGAAUAUAUGAAAUUUAUAUAUGGAGAAUCUAAGAAAAUAUCCUUUCCCCAAAACAGAAGGAAGAAUGUCAUGCAGUGAUAAUUGGGAGCAGUAUCUCCAAAUUUUGCCAGAUGCCCAGCAGUGUAUGGGGAAUGUUUUGAAAGCAUGCAUGCCAUUCAUUUCCAAAUUCCUUGUUCUCCCAAAUUUACAAGUGGCACACGUGGAUGCACUACUUAAACGAAGGGGAGUUAAGCAUGAACAUGAUUGUGCCCAUGGGACUUGGACAGGUUCCUAGAGGCUUCAGCAUCAGCUUCAAAACUAGAGCUGCUAUUGAUGAAUAAGGCAAUGGACUCCAAUAUUUCUUUUCUCUAUAGCAGGCAGAAAGUUCUAGCAAAGGAAGCACUUAAAAACAAAUAAACCAAAUGAUUUAAACCUUCCUCCAUCAGAAAAAGUGAUGAAGGAUUCACUGCAAUGACUGUGGUGUAUUCAAAACAGGGUAACCAUAUUGAAAAGUUUAAAAAAUAUAAUAUGAGAGAAUAAUAAACCAAGUUCCCUUUGGAUCUACCAGAUUCAAUUGCCCCAGUUGUAAUAUAAAGGAUACAAUCCACUAAAUAUGACUUCCACACAAGCCCCAGUGAUAUGAAAUAAGGUUUGUGCAAGAGCACUGUUGGAGGAUUGUGCAAAGUCCGUGGUUACUUUAAGUGACUUUUAAAAGAACUGAGUAUUUUUUUAAGAAAACUAAAAACUUUUUCUUAUUUUUAAUGUAGUAUCUCGUGUUUGGUGGGGAUGGGGUUGGGUUACCCAAACAAAUGGCUGCUAAAUAUACAACAUUCAAACUCAAAAAGAAAAAAAAGAAAAGAAAAAGAGAAUAGGAUGUCAUCUAUUCAACUGGCAUAGACAAGCGAAUCUGGUUGUUUGUGAUUCUGAGGACACACUCUCAGCACCCCUGUGGCAGAUGAGCACUAGCUUCUGAACUCAAAGGCUUACAAACAGCUAAAGGCAGGACUGAGGCACUGCGGUAGCAAUCUCUACUGCCAUAUUCUGCAUUUUUCUCUGCAUCGUUGCUUCUGACCAACUAGGUUGAGUGCCAGAAGGGGAAGGGAAGGAGGCUGAGGGUACCAAUCGGAAUCAGCAUAACAUGGACUCGAUGGCCUUCAUGGCCCUUUCCAACUCUACUAUUCUAUGAUUCUAUGAACUCCCCUCCCCACUAGAGGGCACAACUCUUUUUUCCUCUUUGAGGGUCAGUUGCGACCUGGCAGGGGGUUGUGGGAGCCAGCACAGUUCUUUCUGCUCUGUCUGUGAGGGUGUGGAGCAGGGGUUCAGAAGGAUCCUGUGAUCUCCCAGACAAUGCUGGGCUGCCGUAGGAUUGCACUCGAAAAGGACAUAUAGUUUCAAGUGAUGGCAUAUGUGCUGACUACAAGUCGGAUUAUGCAUCUGACUAAAAGGACCGCAGCACAAGAGGAAAAAAGUUUCAAUGUUAUGUAAAGACCUCUAGCUUCUUCCUUUCUUUCAUGUGCUUUGCCAUUGCUGUUUACUUUCUGUGUGCAUCACUGUUUUUCCCCCCACAAUUUUCUUUUCCUUCAGAAAAGGGUGUGCCUAUUGGAGGUGGUGUGGGGAAAAUAAUUGAGCUAGCCUUAUUUUCUUCCUUUAUAUGCUCUAUCUUUUUCUGUGUUUCUAAAUAGAGGUUAUCCUCCCGUGGCACAAUUGUCGAUAUGAAA